UACAAUCACGGGCCCAAGCCUAACUGUGGCAAACCAAAGGCCGGAUUUGAAUCGAUCAUUCUCGUCUCGUCUCGGUCCGUCCCCUUCAUCCUCCGCCAAUCGUCCGAUCCCUCCGAACGAGAAAUUCCAGAGCGAGCUGCGCGCGAGCCCCUCCCCUUCCCUCCGAUCGCCCGACUCCUCCGAACGAGUAAACCCUAGAACGAGCCCCUCCUUCCCCCUCCGAUCCAGAAACCCUAGCCCAAGCCCCUCCUCUCCUCUCCGAUCGACCCGACUCCUCGGAGCUAGGGUUUCCGAUUUCACGAGCCAACGUGAUGCGCUGAGUAGACGCAGUGGCGACUUCCCGCAGUGAGGUCGUCGUAGUUCCUAAGAUAUGUGGACAAAUGUAUUCAAAAUUGGAGAUCUCCAAACUGUUUCAUGGUUUCAGUUUCUUCCUUUUGAAUCUGACGCAAAUGCUCUUUCUGAGAAAAGUUUGAAAGCUGAGCAGAAAGAUUCUGCCACUUAUCUAGUUAUUUCAGCGCAUCUUCAGCUGCAGAGUGAAGGAUUUCUCAGUACUUGGACCAACUCCUUUGUUGGUCCAUGGGAUCCAUCUCAAGGCGCGCACAACCCCGAUGAGAAAAUCAAGCUCUGGCUGUUUCUUCCGGGUCGUCACUCUUCAGUAGUUGAACAUGCCCAAGCUGCAGUGUCCAGAUUGAGAGUUGUUGGGACUGGACUCUGGUUAACCCCUGGUGAUUCUGAGGAGGUUUCAGUUGCCUUAUCUCAAGCUUUAAGAAACUCAAUAGAAAGAGCCUUGAAAGGGCUUUCGUAUGUGCGAUUUGGAGAUGUCUUUUCAAGAUGUAAUCCGUUGACAAAAAGCGAAAAAAGCUUUAGGAGAGCGCAGCCUACCUUUGAAUUCAUCUUUGCUGCUACUGAAGAAGCAAUCUAUGUGCACGUAGUAAUAUCUGCAAAGUAUAUACGGGGUCUCGAUGGUGAUGAUAUAGAAAGAAUACUAAUUCAUAGUUCCUCCCACUCUAUUGGUGAAGGGCUUCCAGUUAUUGUUGCUCCAAAUGGAAUGCUUGGAAGGCUUACUGGCUGUUGUCCCAGUGAUCUUGUGAAGCAAGUGUAUAUCAGCAAGCUUAAGCCUUCACAAGGGUCUACGUCUGGUGUACCUUAUAAUGCUCAAUCUUCUAGCUCGCAGCUGAGGGGACAAAACUGCUAUGUUGAAGUUGCCCUUGGUUGCCCAUCCCCUUCUACUGACACAGUUUCGGAAUUACAUAAUAAUCAGAACAAUAAGGCCAUGCAUAAUACUGAAGAUUCUCAGCUUAUGGCUGCCGGAGGCCAGAGGAAGCAAGGAUCAAACAAUCAGUUUCCAGUCCUUGAAAGAACAUUUAUUUAUCCUGCAGAAGCUGUCAUAGUCCCUAUGAUGCAUCGAGCCCUUGCUCGCAUUUCUAGUAAGAGAUUGUGGGUACAAAACUGGAUGGGGACGUCAUUAUCUGAGUCAUGGCCUUUGUGGAAUUUUCCUGAUUCCUCUUUCUUUGAGCACUGUUUGGCACUUGGAAGCACUUGCUGUGGUGAUUCUCCCUGUGGAUUUGGCAUGAACUUAGUGAGACUACAUAAACACCUAAAUAGCAGUAGUAACAGCAUAACUAGUAGUAUAAGCAGUGUUAGUAGCACAUCCAGUGAAAGUGCUGCUGGAGGUGGUGAUCUAGAAGCUGAUGCUGACUCUCUUGCAUGUAGACAGUCUGGCUUGUCUUCCAACAGUCAGUUUCAGAAAGAUGGCCUGAAAAUGGUUUCCAAGCGCCCUCGCUCAGAUGCAGAAGCAUUUGCUCAAGAUGGCAAAGUUCUGGGUGAAAAUAUACAGUAUGCUGACGCAAACAAUUCAGCUGCUGUAGGAGUAGCAAAUGCUCAAGGCAUAUCUCUUUGGGGCUGGGAGGAGGAUGCAGUUGUGAUGGACAUUCAAAUUCUCCUUUCUGAGUUCGGAGAUUUUGGCGACUUUUUCGAACAUGAUGUUCUGACCUUCGGUGAGCCUCCAGGAACUGCUGAGUCACAAGCCAUAAUCUUCCCUGCAGAUGAUUGUGGAGAUAUCACGGGCAGUCCUUGCACUGCAGGAAUGGACAUUCCUGAUCAGAAACUUUCUCCUGUUGGUCUUGCAUCUUUUGAAGGAUUCAACAACCUGUCUAUGGAACUUAUAGAGGAUAGUAGGACCAAAAAUGCCGAAUCUUUGAAAGAGACUAAAUCUGCUGCUACGAUAAGCCAGUCUUUGGUUUCUACAGCAGGUAAAUUUGAUUACCUCACAAAAGCUGAAGCCAUGCUGACAUUCGCACCAGAAUAUGCAGCGAUCGAUGUCCCUGCUAGUGAGGUUGCAGCAUCAAUCUUCACAGUCCCGUACUUACCUGGAUCUAAAAAGGCAGGUAGUGCGCAUUCUAGUUCUAGUGGUUAUGUAUAUAAUGCAGCACCGCCUUCUUCCGUGGAGCUUCCAGAAGAAAAGUCUCAGACAUCAAAUAUACUAAAAGCAGGUUCUCUUGGGCAUGAUGUGAGUUCUAUUCAAUCGUUGAAAUCAUACACACUUAUACAGGGUGGAACGAAAGAGAUUGCUACAAGACCGACGAAUAAUAAUGUUCAUUCCUGUAAAGAAGAAGCACCGUCAUCUGUUUCUGGGGUGACCUCAUUAAGCUCUUCCCUUACGUUGCAAAAGAGGAGUGAGAGCAUGUUUGAUGCGGGGCAUUUCCUACUGCCUUUGAAGACUGCAUUUGCUACAGAAAUUGAAUGCAUAAUGUUCCAAGCUGCCUUGUGCAGAAUAAGACAUACCCUAUUAUCUCUGAGCAAUAGAGUUCCUAUUGGCUUGAAAAAUUCCAUAGCAGAUCUCAUUCACACUGACAGCAAGUCAGGCAUUAUGAAUGCUAAGUAUGAGAUAAAGAAGAAAGAUAGCAUACCUGUUAGAAUAGCUGGCGAUAUUGAUGGUGGAAUGCAUGAUACCCUAAUGGCACAGGUGGGUGUCUGGCGCUCGGUUGGAGUUCCUAAAGGGAUAAAACCUUUAAAUCUUCGCAAUUCUGAAAACCCAUCUUCUCUGCCGGUGAAUACAUUAACAGAUGAGGGUUUAAACGUCUACAUGCAAAGGCAAUCUCUUAUGGAUCUUCUUGAUGCAAUGUCUUUACUAGUUCAACAGUCGGCCUCCUUUGUUGAUAUUGCACUUGAUACAGAUGAUGGUGAUAGUUCCUACAGUUGGCUUGCCCAACAGGAGCAACGGAGGCGUGGGUUUUCUUGCGGCCCUUCUAUGGUUCAUGCUGGUUGUGGUGGACUUCUAGCCACCGGCCAUUCUGUGGAUAUUGCUGGCAUUGACUUAGUUGACCCUCUUGCUGCUAAUGUUCCUGUAACAGCAGUUAUUAGUUUACUACAAUCAGAUAUAAAAUCUGCCCUAAAAUCUGCUUUUGGAAAUGUAGAUGGCCCUAUGCCUGUGAUUGACUGGUGUAUGGGCCGCAGCCAAUCAGGUGAUUCUGGGUCUGCAGGAGAUGGAUAUUCUUUUCAGUACCCUAACAGUGAAACUCGUGAUUCGUCUAACACUGUCACGUUGGGUGGGGAGUCGAUGAGCCCCUCCCAGUCAACUGGUGCUUCAUCUUCCAUCAGAGAUGGAGGAAGAAGUGAUGAUUCAGCCCAAAGGAGAUUGAGUCAGGAUACCAAUUCGGAGACAGAACACAAGGGAUAUUCUCGUUUCAAGCCAACUUUCGCUGUGCUUCCGUUGCCCUCAUUACUUGUUGGGUACCAGGAUGAUUGGCUGAAGACAUCUCCAAACUGUCUAAAACUAUGGGAGAAAGCUCCUCUCGAACCUUAUGCUUUACCGAAGCCUGUCAAUUACUAUGCAGUUUGUCCUGAUAUUGAUCUGCUUACUUCGGCUGCUGCAGACUUUUUUCAGCAGCUAGGAACCGUCUAUGAAGCAUGCAAACUAGGAACACAUGCACCACAUAACAGUGAGGGACAAAUGGAGCUAUCCUCAGGGAAAUGUUUGCCUCCUGGGCUUGUUCUUCUUGAAUGUCCUCAACAAGCGAAGAUUGGUAGCAGUCAUAUAACCGUCAUCAGUUCAAUAAGUGAAUAUUUCCUAGCUCUUUCCAAAUCAUGGAAUGUGAAAAGUUUUACCAAGUCUCUCAAAAAGGUUAUUAAGGAUUUGAAACUUUCUUCGAGUUCAUCAGCGAAUCAGAAAGAAGGCAGCAGCAGACUGUGCACUGUAGUGUACGUAGUGUGCCCCUUCCCAGAGCCUUCAGCGGUCUUGCAAACACUGCUCGAGUGCUCUGUUUCUCUUGGAUCGGUUGUUUUCUCAACAGAUAGAGAGAGGAGGUCCCUCUUACAUUCUCAAGUUGUUAAAGCCUUAGACUGCUCAAUUGCUGCAGAUGAAGCAUCGGCUUCAAAUGUCAUAAUGCUUUCUGGAUUCAGCAUUCCCAAGCUCGUCUUGCAAAUCGUGACUGUUGAGACCUUAUUAAGAAUCAACUGGCCGACAAAUGAGCUUGCCCUUUUUAAGGACAUUGCAUUCACUGUGUACAACAAGGCUCGGCGAAUCUCAAGAGCAGUUUCCACAAACGAUAUGCUCCAGUCAACAGCUUUUUCCGGGAGAUCUACGUUGAUGCAUGUAACAUCCCCUAUUCCAAGCCUUUGGAAGGACUGUCUUGUUCCUCGAAUGUCUGGGCCUGCUCUCACUAGAGAAGCUGAAUUUGACGCUGCAUUGAGGUCCGGCACUUGGGACAACUCAUGGCAGGCAUCGAGGACUAGUGUUUAUGAUCCAACAAAGCCAAGCGAUUUAUGUGGUCAAGAAGAUGGUAGAUACAUGUUUGAGCCACUUUUUAUACUAGCUGAUCCUGGCUCUAUUGAGCACAGUGCAGUAAUGGAGUUUUCAAGUUCAAAAUCUGCUGUAGAUGAUAGUAGUAGUGCUUAUAAUCAAAGUUCGACACUAGGGGGAAACUCUGAUACUGGCACAGCUUCUCUUACUGAUGGAACGGAACAUGAGCAUAAAACAGCAAGCCUUCAUUGCUGUUAUGGUUGGACGGAGGAUUGGCGCUGGCUAGUCUGUGUUUGGACUGAUUCUCGAGGAGAAUUGCUUGAUAGUCACAUUUUUCCUUUUGGUGGCAUCAGUAGCCGUCAAGACACUAAAGUACUCCAAAGCCUUUUCAUUCAAGUUCUGCAGCAGGGUUGUCAAAUAUUAUCCUGGUCUCACGAUGGAGGCAACAUCAGGUCGAGAGACAUAGUAAUAACUCAUUUUGGAUGUUUCCUGGAGCUUGAAUGCCAAGAAUGGCAGAAAGCUAUCUAUUCAUUUGGGGGUAAUGAAGUCAAGAAGUGGCCUUUACAGUUAAGGCGGUCGAUACCUGACGGAAUACCCUCGAACAUUAAUGGGACAUCCCUGCAGCAGCAAGAAAUGGGCUUACUUCAAGAAAGAAAUCUGCCCUCCUCACCUAGUGCAACAUUGUACAGCCCCCAUUCGAAGUCUAGCUUUAUGAAAGGUUCUUUGGGACAGCCAAGUACGAAGAAGCAGCUCUUAGGAGGACAGACAGGAGUGGAUAGUUCAAAGGGUGGGUUGCUACAGUUGGUGCAGAGCAUCAGUCUUGUCGGAGUUUCUAUCGACCAUUCACUGCAUCUGAUCCUUCAAGCAGAUAUUUCCUCUUCUGGUGGCGGUACUCAAAACAGCAACAGCCAAUUGGCCUACUUGGAAGGGUUCAGCCCAGUGAAGUCUAUCGGGUCCACGCCUGCGUCUUAUCUCCUAAUCCCUUCACCCAGUAUGCGCUACCUCUCCCCGAACACCAUGCAGCUCCCUACCUGCCUCACCUCUGAAUCCCCACCGCUCGCCCACCUCCUUCACAGCAAAGGUUCUGCCAUGCCCAUUGCGACUGGCUACGUCGUCUCAAAAGCAAUCCCCCCUAUGAGAAAAGACCUUGCGGAGCCCACCAAAGAAGACUGGCCUUCCAUUCUUUCGGUUAGCCUCGUUGAUCACUAUGGAGGAAGCAACAGUGUCAACAUCCAAGAGAAGGUUGUGCGAAACUCUGGUGGCAAGCAAGCCAGGAUCUUCACUCCGGAUACGAGCGGUAGAGAUUACGAGAUGGAGAUCCGCACAGUUUUAGAGUCUGUAGCGGCCGAGCUCCACUCUCUUUCUUGGGUGACGGCAAGUCCGGUGUUCCUUGAAAGGCGGACAGCACUGCCUUUUCAUUGCGAUAUACUAUUGAGAUUGAGAAGGCUACUUCACUAUGCCGAUAAAGAGCUAUCCAGGCCUCCGGAUAAGACGGAACAAGUUUAGAUUAGUUCCUAUUUUGUUAGGUAGUCUGUAACGUAGUACACAGAAGCAGGUAUGCUGUAUAUAUAGGUGUAAAUUAUUGAGCUUCUCUAACACCAUUUUGUUCGAUAGAAAAUUAGAAACCGGGUACGCACGCUAUUUGGGAUUACAAUGUAAUUAACCAUAUUUUAAGUUCCCUUUUCAUUCUGGGAAAAAUCCUUUUGUUAUCCCGAACUUCAUUAGAAUUCGCUCUCUUGGCUUCUGCUUUUUGACCAUUA